AUGCCCGAAUAUGGCAACAAGAUGUCAAAUCCCAACGACGUGACCAUUGAUAUUCCACUGACGGAGACAACCUCCCGCGGCCAGACCGGUGCCCGCAAAUGGGCCGGCUCCGAUGAAUUCAACCCAAGGGCCGGGGAGAAAGAGCCCGUCGUCCAUCACCACCACCGGGGUCCUGGGCGUAGGCGUCGCACGGAUACCGGGAUCAAUGACAGGACUGGCAAGCCGGCGGAGUCUCCUGAGGACGGAACCCUCAAUCGCAUGGGCCGCAUCUACCAGGCUGUGCUGAAUUACUCCAUUGUCACUCGUUACCUAAUCUAUGUUCUUCCCGUUGCGAUCCUGAUCGCGAUUCCGAUCAUUGUCGGCGCGACGGCUGCGCCGUACGCCAAAAUCGGCGGUGUCCAUCUUUACUGGUUCUUUACUUGGAUCGAGAUCGUUUGGUUCAGUCUGUGGACAUCCAAGAUCUUCGCUCGUUACAUUCCUUACGUCUUUCAAUUCCUGUGCGGUAUCGUUAGCUCCGGUACCCGCAAGUAUGCGCUUAUUCUGCGCGCCCUCGAGACUCCCAUUGCUCUUGUGCUGUGGGCUGUUAUAUCCCUCGUGACUUUCUUGCCGGUUAUGACGUUGACUCCCACAAAGAAGGCAACUGGCGAUACUGGGGUCAAGAGCUGGGAGAAGAGUGUCAAGAACAUUCUGUUUGCGCUGCUUGUCUGCAGCCUCAUCUAUCUGGCUGAGAAAGCUCUUGUGCAGCUCAUCUCGAUCAGUUACCACCGCAAGCAGUUCGACUCUAAGAUCAAGCGUUCCAAGCGCAACGUGUACUUACUCACGCUCCUCUUCGAGGCUUCGCGUAACAUGUUCCCCGUGUACUGCCCGGAGUUCAAGGAGGAAGACUCGCUUAUUUUCGACUCUCUCCUGGCUCAGGCUGGUGUUAAGGACGGCAAGCGGUCAUCCGCUAUGCCUCUGCGCAUGCUUCGCCAGGUCGGCAAGAAUGUCGGUCGUAUGGGCGACAAAGUCACUGCCGCUUUUGGCAACGUCGCGUCCGAGCUUGCUGGCAAGCAAGUAUUCAACCCGACUUCUACCCACGCCAUGGUCACCGAGGCCCUUGAACGCCAACGCCACGCUGCUGCGCUGGCUCGCCGCAUCUGGAUGUCGUUUGUGGUCGAGGGCCGGGAGGCUUUGUACAUGGAGGAUAUUGUUGAGGUUCUGGGUCCCGAGCAUGUGGCUGAGGCUGAGGAAUGCUUCCUGGCUCUUGACAAGGAUGGCAACGGUGAUGUUAGUCUCGACGAGAUGGUCCUGGCCGUCACCGAAUUUGGACGCAUGCGAAAGGCCCUCAACCACAGCAUGCACGACGUUGACCAGGCUAUCCGUGUGCUGGACAACCUGCUCAUGUGCGUUGCUGCUCUGGUUGGUGUACUUGUCUUCAUCUCUUUCGUCACUACUGGAUUCGGCACGGUCAUCGCGGCUGGUGCCACCUCCCUGCUCUCCCUCAGUUUCGUCUUCUCUGUCACUGCUCAAGAAGUUCUCGGUUCUUGUAUCUUCCUGUUCGUCAAGCAUCCAUUCGAUAUCGGCGACCGUGUGGAGGUCAACGAGGUGCCUUUCGUUGUUGAACGUAUCUCGCUUCUCUUCACUGUGUUCCGCAAUGUCAAGGAUCACCGUGUCACGCAGGUGCCCAAUAACAUUCUGAACAGCCUCUGGGUUGACAACUUCACUCGUGCCGAUGCUAUGCACGAACAGCUUACUAUUCCCGUCGCCUUCGACACCACGUUCGCCGAGGUUCAGCUGCUCCGACAGGAGAUGGAGAACUUCGUCCGCGACAAGGACAAUAACCGUGACUUCCAGCCGGACGUUAACAUCGAACUCGGUGGCGUUGGCGACAUGGACAAGCUCCAGCUGUGUGUUGAUAUCCGCCACAAGUCCAACUGGUCCAACGAGACCAUUCGCGCUGCUCGGCGAUCCAAGUUCAUGUGCGCUUUGGUCCUAGCCGUCCGCAAGGUUCAGGUCCGCGGCCCUGGCGUUGCUCGUCCAGAAGAAGAGACAGCCGACGCUGCAGCUGGCGAUGACGACGACGACACUUCCGGUGCCGGUCUCCGCAAGUCAACUCAAGACGGAGUUAGCCCCUCCAAGCCCGAUCCCGGCGUCGCUGCCGCCGCCGCAGGCAUUCUAGACUACGGCAACACAGCCCAGUCAACAGGAUACGACCAACGCCACUCAGGGACAAUCACCCACCGCGGCUCCUCCCAGACAAACGCCGAGCGCGAGGCCGCCAUCGUCGAAAUGCUGAACGCCCGCCCUCCAGCCGUCGACAUCAGCCGCGACGAUGAAGAGAACACUCUACACCGCACAACAACCAACGCCUCCAACCAAGCAAGCGUGCACAACGGCGCAACCAACACCAUCUCCCGCGGCCUAUCAACCGGCCACCGCAAACAGGGCGACCGCGUCUCCUACCACGAGCAAGCGCCACCCCCUUUCCCCCAAGUCGCCCCUCUCUCCCCGGUGGCCGCCGGCAUGACCCCAUCUUCCAGCCAGGUCCCCAUCCUCGAGACCCCCAAACCAGGCUCCCGCGGCAGCACACGUUACGAACCCCGCCCCCACUCAAGCCACGGCCAAUUCCAAAGCCAAAACCCGUCCCAGAUGUCCACCAUCCAGACCGUCGGCUCUCCCGAUCCCAACGCCUUCCAGGGUCCUUACGGCCACGACACUGGGUAUGACCCGGUUCCCCUUGCCGGGUACAGUGCGGAGAAUACCCCGGGUCGUGACCGCCGCGACUCGAACCCGGAUAUCUCGGGCGUGACGGCCAGCAGCAAUUACGAGCUGACGGAUCGGUAUGACCCUGUCUCGCCGCCGACGGACUAUUUCCCUGGUGUACCCGGGGAGGAGUCUCAUCGUCGAAGACCUUCGUUUUUGGAUAAGGCGUUGAGGAGGGGAUAA